UGGACAGGCGAAGGCGAAGGGAGUGCAAAACAGAAGGUUCGUUAAAGUCGAAGAUAAAUUAAUGCAAAGUAGUUAGUUGGCAGAUAGAAGAAGAUCAUCAUCAUAAUCGAUCCGUUACAAUUAGGGUUUCUGAUUGGAGCAUAAUAGCGUAUUAUCAUCUCAUCUCUCAGCAGCAGCAGCAUGGCGGAGCACCUUGCAUCGAUCUUCGGCACGGAGAAGGACCGCGUGAACUGCCCGUUCUACUUCAAGAUCGGCGCGUGCCGCCAUGGCGAUCGGUGCUCGCGCCUCCACAACCGCCCCAGCAUCUCGCCCACCCUCCUCCUCUCCAACAUGUACCAGCGCCCCGACAUGAUCACCCCCGGCGUCGACCCACAGGGCCAGACCCUCGACCCCCGCAAGAUCCAGCAGCACUUCGAGGACUUCUACGAGGACAUCUUCACCGAGCUCGCCAAAUUCGGCGAAAUCGAAAGCCUCAACGUCUGCGACAACCUCGCCGAUCACAUGAUCGGCAACGUCUAUGUUCAGUUCCGCGAAGAGGACCAGGCCGCCAAGGCGCUUCACGCGCUUCGUGGGAGAUUCUACAACGCACGCCCAAUCAUCGCUGAUUUCUCCCCCGUCACGGAUUUUCGCGAGGCCACGUGUCGGCAGUUCGAGGAGAAUAGCUGCAACCGCGGCGGGUAUUGUAAUUUCAUGCAUGUGAAGCUCAUCGGGAGAGAUCUACGGAGGCGACUCUUCGGCCGCAACCACCGCGGUGGCAGUGGGACCUACCACCGCGUCAGCCGGAGCAGGAGUCGCAGCCGCAGCGCGAGUCCGAGAUACCGCCGGGAGAGACGGGAGAGUGAUUCUCGUGGAGGGCGGCGGAGCAGGGAGAGGGACGGCAGCGGUGGACGGAGGAGACAACACGGGAGCCCUCCGGCCAGGGAAGGGAGCGAGGAGCGCCGCGCGAGGAUCGAGCAGUGGAAUCGGGAGAGGGAGGAGAAUAAAUGAUUUCACGAUGAUUCUAUGUUCAUUUGCUUGCGAUAGAAUAAACCAUCAAUUUCAUCAUCAAACUAUUAUUAUUACCCUGUGUCCCUCCUUAGUAGUCCUUAGAGUAAUGAAAUUAGUAUUUAAGGAAUAGAUGGAGUACUUAAUGUCCACCACUUUAGUCUAAUUUAAAAGAUUUUCUAAUAUUUGGAAGAUUACUUGGCAUGAUUUAGGACUACUUAAAUAGUUUUUUUUUUUUUUUUUUUUGUUAGUCGAGGAAAGAGGGUGAUAGUGGAAGGAUUGAAUUGGUGGUUUACUUUGCAUGUGAAUGGUGGCAGCGCUAAUAAUGAAACCCUCUCACUGCUGUGUUGUACCUACGGCUAGGUGCUAUAGGGGGAUUGGUAGUGCUGCUGCUGUUCUUGGAAUGUAGGAAUUGCAAUUCAAAGAUUAACAAAGUUGGGGUUUGAAUUGCCUCUACACUAUAGGCAUAUAAAAGCAUGUUUCGAAGAAACGUUUUUGAUGAAUCCAAGUGUUUAAUUCUGUACAAAUGAGACAACUAAGACGGGCAACUUCUGGUUUGUUAUCGUGGGAUUUUUUCCCACUUGGGCAAUGGCAGUAUUUGAGCUCGCCAAACUUUUGUUGACAUCAUUGCUUAGUGGGUUUUUUUUUUUUAUCCAUAGAAAUCAAAGACAAUGUCAAGGAGUUUACAAUAACUCACGCACCCUGCUAAACCAAUUGAGCUGGAUCCCCUUGACUGCUUAGUGGGUGUUUGGUUUAACUUAUUUAGGAGAUAUGGUCCCUUAUGUCUUUUACCUUCUCGGGAGAGCUCUUGAUAAAUAGGCUAUUAUUUCUCUAAAUUUAAGUUUGAACCAAGCCAUCAAUUUAUGCUUAAUCCAAUUGAUUUA